AUGAAGAGGACUUUUAGUUCCCUGAGCUCAGAGAAAAAGCAAACAAGGAGAAGGCCGGUGCGCAAGUCGAAAGAAAACACCAGCGCCCGAGCACCAACUUUGGAUUCGCUCUAUCAGCUGAGGGACGAGUCCGAGGAAGAAGAACCUUUUUAUUCUGGACUUGUGCUUCACCAUGAAAAUUUCCUCUGGUAUCGAGAUGAGAUGAACCAACUCGAAGCCGAAGUCAUAGAGCUUACUGAGAAGAGAGACAUAUACAAACUUCUCAGCGAGCAUCGUGAAGGAGAGGCUAAUAGUCUUCGAGUUGAGUUGGAAGCAACUCGGAAAGAACAUGCUAACCUGGUUGAACAGGUCCAACAGAAGAUUGAUCGGAUCUACCAACUCCGAGCCGAGAUGGAUGCAGUCAAGGUCAAGGUUGAAGAUUGGAGAGGUAGGAUGGACCACCGGGCCUCGAAAAAGGAGACUGCUCGGGCACAGUUGACCUUGGCGGAGGCCCAACUUCGAGCAACAAGGGAGAAGUCUGAGGCACGGUCCAAAAAUAUUGAGGACCUCCAGUCUCAGCUAAGCUCGGUUGUUGACGAUCGAGAGACUCUUGCCAAGGAGCUUAAAGCGGCCAAGUCGGUGGUUGAAGUAACCAAAGACGAUGCCGAUGAGAUGGUGGCCCAGUAUAAAGAUGAUGCCGAUGCCGAUGCGAUGGUGGCCCAAUAUAAAGUUGAUGCCGAGGUAGCCCAAGGCCACCUGAAAGAUAUUGUCGAAUACAUGAAGUGGCAGUCCCGAAGGGAGGCCCUCGAGGAAGUUCAUGAUCAAGGUUUUGAUUUGUCGGCCGAGAUCGAAAGUGCUAAGGGGCUCGAGGCCGAGGCGAAGAAGUUGGCGUAUUCCGAGGACAAAGAAGACUCUGAGGGUUCGAGCGAAUCCGGGAGCGGAGAAGACUCUGAUGGUCCCAGUGAUCAGGCGGGCUCCAGUGGAGACCAAGCCGUUUAA